AUGGCGAAAAAACGAAGAAGAGCACGAGCCGCAAAUUGUGUUUCUUCUAGUAUUGUUUUCGCAUCAUCUUGUAUGCACACUGUGCUUUGUGCCUUCCCAAGCAUACGUUUUGGAUAUUUCUCGGAAGACGACGAGAACAUACCACGUAGUGGUGCUUUAUGUAAAAGCUCUCAUAGGCAGUUUGGCAUUUUUCCUGUGGUUAAUCUCUUUCUCGCAGGGAAAUGUCCUGCUGAGUUGGGGGAGUUUAUUGCUAGUGCUCCUCUCACGCCACUUGUUAAGCUCGGUGGUGGUAUUCGGCCUAUUGCUGUGGGUACUGUUUGGCAGCGCCUGGUUUCAAAGGUUGGGGCGGCUUUAAUUGGUCCACGUCUGGGAAACUAUUUAGGAGGCCUUCAGUUUGGUGUUGGGGUGCCGGCGGGUGGUGAGGCUAUUCUUCAUGUUGUUAAUCGUUUGGUUGAGGCGCGUGGUGGUGAUGUUGGCCUUUCUAUGUUGCUGGUGGAUUUUAAGAAUGCCUUUAAUUUGGUUGAUCGUACGGCUUUACUGCGUGAGGUCCGUCUCCGUUGCCCAGCUCUCUCGCGUUGGGUAGAAUUCUGUUACUCUUCUCCAGCCAGGCUGUUUUAUGGGGAGCAUACCUUAAGGUCAUGUCAAGGUGUGCAGCAGGGUGAUCCUCUUGGCCCUUUGCUUUUUGCUUUGGUGCUCCAUCCGUUGGUUUGUCGAAUCAGGGAGUCUUUCGACUUAUGUUUGCAGGCUUGGUAUUUUGAUGAUGGCACUAUUAUUGGUGACACCUUAGUAGUAGGGAAGGUUAUGGAGUUGAUUUUGGUGGAGGGACCUCGUCUUGGCCUCGAUGUUAACGUUGAGAAAACGGAGGUUUUCUCGCCCACGGAGGACCCACGUAGCCGUUUGGCCGGUGUCUUUCCUCCAGAUAUUGCUCGUCCUGUUCAUGGGGUUAAGUUGCUUGGUGGUCCUGUCAGUGCGGAUGCCUCUGUCUGUGGUGAGCUUGUUUCGCAGAGAGUGUCGAAGACCAUUGUGCUCAUGGAUGCUAUUGCUAAACUUGAGGAUCCUCAAUGUGAGUUGUUACGGCUACGUGCGUGUACUGGGGUUUCAAAACUCUACUUUUCUAUGCGCACUUGUCCUCCUCGUCUUUUUGAAGUGGCCCAGAUUUCCUUUGAUGUGGCCCUUCGGGGUUCUUUGGAGCGCAUUGUAACUGCUUCGGGGCCAGGUGAUGUUCGACACUAUGCUUUCCUUGCGUCGCGUUUGCAGUCUUCUGGUCUUCAGGCUUCGCUUCUUCGCAAUUCUGGUAUUGUUCGUCUAGCGUCAGGUUUCCUUAUGGAAGUCCUAGCAGGGGGACCACACUUCUGCCUGGUUGCGAGCGGUCCCGAUAUCAGGUUUGGGUCAGACUAUAAAUGGGAUCAUGCAGUGUCUUGUGCAGGGAUGGUGGGCAUUAAACGUCAGCACAACGUUGUUCGUGAUACCCUUGUUGAUAUUUGUUUCCGCUCUGGGAUUUCUGCAAGGAAGGAGGUCAACGUUGGGUUGAGUGGAGGGAACGACGGGGCUCUUCGACCAGCAGAUGUGUUGCUUUACUCUUGGAUAGAGGUCUAG